GUUUUGGCAACGUUACUGUAUGAGGGAAGAUAUUUUUUGUGCACACGAGCUCGAAGGAAAUUCGGUUUAAUCGAGCUACGAACAAAACAUUAAAGAAGUUAAAUCCUAAAGAUAAACGACAAAUAAAUCAUCAGCAGUACUUUGCAAUUUAAAAGGACAUAUAUUUUCUACCUCUUUUUGGACAUCAUGGCAGGGAACUUCUGGCAGAGCUCGCACUAUUUGCAGUGGAUACUUGAUAAGCAAGACUUAAUGAAAGAACGCCAGAAAGAUCUGAAGUUUUUGACAGAAGAGGAAUAUUGGAAAUUGCAGAUCUUCUUUGCGAAUGUUAUUCAAGCCUUAGGAGAACACCUGAAACUUAGACAACAAGUAAUAGCCACAGCAACAGUUUACUUUAAAAGAUUCUAUGCCAGAUACUCCCUAAAGAGUAUAGAUCCAGUUCUUAUGGCACCAACCUGUGUAUUUUUGGCAUCCAAAGUUGAGGAAUUUGGUGUUGUUUCAAACACCCGUUUGAUAUCUGCAGCUACAUCUGUAUUAAAGACUAGGUUCUCAUAUGCUUUUCCAAAGGAAUUUCCAUACAGAAUGAAUCAUAUACUGGAAUGUGAAUUUUAUCUCUUGGAACUAAUGGAUUGUUGUUUAAUUGUUUAUCAUCCGUAUAGACCACUUCUUCAGUAUGUUCAGGAUAUGGGACAAGAAGACAUGCUUCUGCCUUUGGCAUGGAGAAUUGUGAAUGACACAUACAGAACAGACCUAUGUCUUUUAUACCCUCCAUUUAUGGUUGCACUUGCUUGCUUGCAUGUCGCAUGUGUGGUACAGCAAAAAGAUGCAAGGCAGUGGUUUGCAGAGCUGUCUGUGGAUAUGGAAAAGAUUUUAGAGAUUAUACGAGUGAUUCUAAAGUUGUAUGAUCAGUGGAAGAAUUUUGAUGACAGAAAAGAAAUGGCUGCUAUUCUCAAUAAGAUGCCUAAACCAAAACCCCCACCAAACAGUGAGGGUGAUCAGAGUUCUAAUGGGAGCCAGAACUCCACUUACAAUCAGUCUUAGGAUAUUCAGGAAGUUAUGACCAUGGCUGCAAAGGACAACACUGAUAUGAAAAUGGGAGCAAUAUGUAUUUCAUUAUCCAGGUGUCAUUGGUUUAAAAGUCCAAAAAUUGUAUACCAACCUCCAGUCCCCCCAGUCCAGCCAGCAGGAGUGUGUGUUAUGGCAGUCCAUGCAGACAAUUAGAAGUAAGAGAUUUCCUAUUUUUGUAAGGGUAUUGUACAAGUACAACCUCUGAAACGGAUCGAUGGGGACGUCUGCUAGGAGAUGUGCCGUUUUGUCCAAUAAAGCACAACGAUCUUUGGUUACAAUAAGAUGCAAAGACAAAUUGAAUUUUAAAACUCUGAUGGCCAAACUAAUUGUUUCUUUGCACCUUGACCAUACAGAAGAUUUAGUGUAAUCUAUGUCAGUUGUGCCCGUAAAUCAAACAUCAGGCUUUACCGUUGAAAGCUUUAUGUUUUGACAUGUUUACAGAUCUGCGUGCAAGUGUGUGGAUGUGUAAAAACAUUUAUGGCCUAAUCACUGUCAGGUUUCCUGGGCAAUGGUGCUUUUUUAUUGUAUGAAACUGGCAUUGCACAGAGUGAAACUGUAGUUAUGGGAUUUUUGUUUUUUUGCGUGGGGGGGUAGAGGGGCAAUAUAAUUAUUAUAAUUUAGGAAUUCUGUUUCGUUAAGCAUGCAAUAUUUAGCUGCAUAAUGAAUUGUUUUGUCAAGACCUGUUAUUUUAUGGUACUAGUCUUGAUUUUAAAUCAAAACAAGAUGGUUUAGUGUACCUUUGUUAACCUUUACAUUGAAUUCAAAUUUAUUUUACAUUAGGGGGGAUAUAAACAUUCCUGAACUCUCAGCUGGUGCUAUUGUUUUUAUUGUCUGUAUGGCAUAUAUGAAUUUAAAAUGUAUUCAGUCAAGAAAAAGACAUUUUAGCUAAAUGAUCCAGGCUGAGUGGAGUCCAACAGUAUCUUGCUCUACAGUGAACACUAUUUUACAUUAUGUCGAUUGUUUAAUUAAACCAAACAAAAGAUCUUAAAUCUCCAUCAUGAUCAGGACAAUGUCAGAGAUGUUGUCGUAGGUUCUGUUUACCAGAAUGAACUUAUUCAGUGGCUGUUAAUAUAAAUUUUUUUCUUGUGUGUCUAUACAUACUGUAUAUAUAGAAGUGUAUUGUUACUUUUUUUCCUUGGCAGCCUGGUCACGUCACUGACCUUGCACAAAGAUUGCUGGAUGCAAAAUUGAAGAAAUCCCAAAGAGCACAGCAAGAGGUGUGCAAUUGUUUAAUUGUAGUGGAAAAGGUUCAGAUUCUUAGUUUUAUUUUUAAAUAUGUCUAAAGCAAAUAUUGUAUUUGCAGACUCAUUGGAGAAAGACCACAGUACAACCACAAUUAAACAAAAACCAAUACACCUCAGUGUGUAGAAUCUUAAGCUUCUUCUUCAAUGUGGACCUGUUUUUAAUACUUAGAUAUACAGUAUUAGUGUUUUAGAUAUUUGAGGGCAUUUGACUUGCAUUCACAAUGCUGUGACAGUUAAUAAAAAUAACACACAGUUCAAGAAGUAGUUAGGUUAGGUACACAAGAAGUAGUUAGGUUAGGUACAACUGAUGUGUGUAUUGCACUUCUGAAAGGCAACGAAAGACGAUGGCAUUGUGGAGAGAAGUGUUUGUCUAUGGUCAGAGUGGUCUGUACUGGUAAAGAGAUGUACACAUGAGUCUGUCAUUUCGAGUGUGUUAUGUGUUUAUAUUUCAUUCAGUAUCAUUUUUCAAUACAUGGCAUUAUUCAUUUUGGGUACAAAAUGUCAAUUCAUGCCAUUGUUCUCCAGCGAUGUGUAAUGCUAUUAUAAAGUCCUGUCAAGGGAAAUCCUUCUGUCUGAUACCAACUGUUGCACUGGUUACAAUUCUUGAAUGCCUUAAAAGUAAGCUGCUGAUUUUAAGUAGAAAUCUAAAACUUGAUAUUAAUCAGACUGUGAACAUGUCUAAAAUCAAACUGUAAUAAUGAUUCGGUCAGCUGUUGAAAGUACUUUUUUGAAAUAAACUAUUAAUGUGUUGGACUGUUUAGCUGUUUGUAAGUGAUACUGAAACACAAGGAAGUAGAAGUGCUAUGAAAUAUUUGUUUUUUAAAUUAUGAUUAUUUUAAUAUAAUCUGUAUCUGUUUUCUAUAACUUAUGGGAUGUUUCCACUUUUUUUGUUUUUUAGAACUAGUAAAAAUGAUUUGUUCUUUUUUUUUUGUUUGUUUCUUUACUUUUUAAAUGUAUUUAUUUUCCUUUGGCCUGCCACUAGCUUGUAACUUGCCAACCCCUCCUCUGAAUCUCUACAAGAAAA